CCCGAACCAAGGUGAGCGCUGACGGCUGACGACCGACGGCUGACAGCUGACAGUGCUUUGGGCCGCGGUGUCAGGGAGAGAUGGCGACAGUCAGGAUCCUGUCCCUCACACUACUGACGUGGGCGGCGCAGAGCGUGGGCGGUGAGAGACCCGUGGUCAGCCUACCCUUUGGAAGCCUCAUCGGGCGUGAAGAGAAAUCCACGGACGGGCGGCCUUUUUCUUCGUUCUACUCCAUUCCCUUCGCCAAACCGCCCUUGGGACGCCUUCGGUUCAGGGACCCCGAGCCGAGCGCAGGCUGGGAGGGCGCGAGGGACGCCUCCGCCGCCCCCCCGCCGUGCGUGCAGGUCCCCUUCUCCGCCACCGAGACGGGGGACGCAGCCGUGAUCGGCAGAGAGGACUGCCUCUACCUCAGUGUCUUCACGCGACAGCCAAACGUUCUCGACGCCCGCCUCCCUGUCAUGGUGUACAUCCACGGAGGCGGGUACUUCGCAGGCAGCGCUGACAAGUACCCGCCUCAUGUGCUGCUCAAUGAGGAUAUCGUUAUGGUAUCGCUACAAUAUCGUCUUGGAAUCAUGGGAUUCCUGUCGACGGAGGACUCAGUGAUCCCCGGGAACUUCGGCUUGAAAGACCAGGCGCUAGGACUCCGCUGGACGAAGGAGAACAUCCGCUUCUUCGGCGGGGAUGCGUCGCGGAUCACCGUCUUCGGGAUCAGCGCCGGAGCGGCCUCGGUGCAUUUCCUGGUCCUCUCGCCCAGCACGGACGGACUCUUCCAGAGAGCCAUCCUCCAGUCAGGGGCGGCCGUGUGCCCCUGGUCCCUUGGGCGUGCGCAUCGAGAGAACGCCCACCGCAUCGCCGCCCGCCAUGGCUGCCCCGCCCACGAAGGCUCGCAAAGGCUUCUGGAAUGUCUUCAAGGCGUCGCUGCCGAGGAGGUUGUGGCGAAUUUGAUGGAUUUUUUUGAAUUCCUCCACGUGCCGCUGGUGAUGGGGCCUCGCGUGGACGGAGACUUCCUUCCUGACGAGCCGGAGGUCCUGCUCGAGCAAGGAAGGCACAAGAAGGUGGACCUGAUCUCGGGAAUCACGGCUCACGAUGGCGGCCUCUUUGCGUUCGGCUUGUACGGCCACCAAGAACGCCUCGAACACUUCCGUCGGCAUUUCCCCUCGUCCGGAUCCGUGGCCCUUGACUUCCACCCCGAGGACGAGGCGCCGCUCGAACUCACGCGAAAAGUGUUCGCAUUUUACCUGGGAGACGCCGAGGUGGGAGUUGGCAACGCUGAUCAGGUGGUUAAG